AUGCCAGCUGUCUGCACGCACCAUGAAUUUCUCCCUCCAGUCACACCAGUCCUUCAUUGGGCGUCCGGCGAAGGACCUCCCAACACCGUCUCUCGUGCUCAGCAACCGGUGCUCGAGCGCAAUACGCAGCAGCUCCUCCAAGAUGUGCGGGACCUCGGCAUCCACUUCCGUGCGCACGUCAAGACCCUCAAGUGUCUCUAUGGCCUACCCAUAUACCCCAGCGCUCUUCCCACUCUAGUCGAUCUCUCUAAAUUCGUCAAGAUCGUUCUCAUGAUCGACAAUGAACAGCAUAUCGAUCUCGAAGACUACGCCAAGUCGGCUGGAUACACAAAACCCUGGUCUGUCUUCAUCAAGGUGGAUGUGGGCUCACACCGCGCCGGUCUCGAGAACUCCUCUCCCUCGCUCCAGAGACUGGUCCAGCGUGCCGAAGCCUCCCACGCUACAAGCGUAUACGGCUUCUACUGUCACGCGGGACAUUCGUAUGCGUGUCGCACGCCUGAAGCUGCAGCAGACGUGCUCCAGAUGGAAGUAGAAGGCGUCGUGCGCGCAUCGACAUAUCUCGAUCUCUCUGGUGAUCGCAAGGUGAUCGUCUCGGUUGGGUCGACGCCGACAGCGCACGUGGUGAACACUUUGAAGAAGACGCUGCCGCCGAACGUCGAGCUGGAACUGCACGCUGGCUGUUACCCGGCGAACGACCUGCAGCAGUUGUGCACGGGUCUAGUCAGCGAACAGCAGCAGGCGGUUCGUAUCGUGGCCGAGGUGUGCAGUGUAUAUCCUGAGCGCAAUGAGGCACUCAUUAAUGCCGGUACAGUGGCGCUGUCGAAAGAGACGAGCGAUUUCCCAGGGUAUGCGCGGGUGACAGAUCGUCCGCGGUGGUCAGUCGUCCGCAUGGCGCAGGAGCAUGGCAUUCUGGGUUUGACGAGUGGUGAGGAGAGAGUUGAGGAGGCGUUCAGAGUUGGCCAGAGGGUGUAUUUGUAUAUCCAGCAUGCUUGUAUUACAUCGGCGCAACAUCAUGUAUACUAUGUCGUGGAUGAGAAGGAUGUUGUGCGCGAGGCGUGGGCUCCCUGGAAGGGGUGGUGA